CUCAGCUGGCCCUCCACUAGUUUUUGACAACAACGACUCUGUCGACAAUGUUCACAUCUUGACUAUCGGCCUCAAAAUUGCCAUAACUUGCUGUUAGUCCGUUGCUUUUUUAUUAUUUGACGUUAAACACGAUGGAGCCGUCUGCGCCCAAAAGCAAGCUGAAAAAGCUGAGUGAAGACAGUUUGACCAAACAACCAGAGGAAGUGUUUGAUGUUUUAGAGAAACUCGGGGAAGGUUCCUAUGGCAGCGUGUUCAAAGCCAUCCACAAGGAGUCGGGCCAGGUGGUGGCCAUCAAGCAGGUUCCUGUGGAGUCAGAUCUGCAGGAGAUCAUCAAGGAGAUUUCCAUCAUGCAGCAGUGUGACAGCCCUUACGUAGUGAAGUACUAUGGCAGCUACUUCAAGAAUACAGACUUGUGGAUUGUCAUGGAGUACUGUGGGGCCGGCUCCGUGUCUGACAUUAUCAGACUGCGCAACAAGACGCUGACAGAGGAUGAGAUUGCCACUAUCCUGAAGUCGACACUGAAGGGUCUUGAAUACCUUCACUUCAUGAGGAAGAUCCAUCGGGACAUUAAGGCGGGAAACAUCCUCCUCAACACUGAGGGACACGCCAAACUGGCAGACUUCGGAGUCGCUGGACAGCUAACGGACACCAUGGCAAAGAGAAACACUGUGAUUGGCACUCCGUUCUGGAUGGCCCCAGAGGUGAUCCAGGAGAUCGGCUACAACUGUGUGGCGGACAUCUGGUCCCUGGGCAUCACAUCCAUAGAGAUGGCAGAGGGCAAACCUCCCUAUGCUGACAUCCAUCCCAUGAGAGCGAUCUUCAUGAUCCCCACCAACCCUCCUCCGACAUUCAGAAAGCCAGAGCUUUGGUCAGAUGACUUCACAGACUUUGUCAAGAAGUGUCUGGUGAAGAAUCCAGAGCAGAGAGCAACUGCCACACAGCUCCUACAGCACCCGUUUAUCAGCCAGGCCAAGCCGGUCACGAUUCUGAGAGACCUGAUAACCGAGGCCAUGGAGAUGAAAGCCAAGAGGCAGCAGGAGCAGCAGAGAGAGCUGGAGGAGGAGGACGACAACUCUGAGGAGGAGACGGAGGUUGACUCUCACACCAUGGUGAAGUCGGGCUCAGAGGGCGCAGGAACCAUGCGGGCUACGAGCACCAUGAGUGAUGGGGCACAGACCAUGAUUGAACACGGCAGCACCAUGCUGGAGUCGGACCUGGGUACUAUGGUCAUCAACAGUGAUGAUGAUGAAGAGGAGGAGGAGGACCAGGGAUCCAUGAGGAGACACGCCACCCCCCAGCAGCCGAUACGUCCAUCCUUCAUGGACUACUUUGACAAGCAGGACUCUAACAAGGCCGCCCAGCAGCAGGAAAACUACAACCACAACCAGCCACAGGAGCAGCCUGGCUACCACAUCCAGUCCAAGAACGUCUUCCCCGACAACUGGAAGGUGCCUCAGGACGGAGACUUUGACUUUCUGAAGAAUUUGGACUUUGAGGAGCUGCAGAUGCGCCUGACUGCCUUGGAUCCCAUGAUGGAGCGAGAGAUUGAGGAGCUCAGGCAGCGCUACACCGCCAAAAGGCAGCCCAUUCUGGAUGCCAUGGAUGCCAAGAAGAGGCGACAACAGAAUUUCUGAGCCCCCCUCCCUCUAGUCUCCCAAAACCACCAUCACCGCAAAACUUACGUCCUAUUGACUCAGAGGAACUAAGAUGACCGUAGUGUCCUUGUUGGAAGCCCACUGCUGUUCUGACUGCUAACUGGCCUCUGAAUGAAGUAGGAUGCUUUCUUUGCAUCCAUUUUGGCUCCUGGAAUCUUCACUCGUCUGCCUUGUUUCUACAUAAUGUCGAGAUGCUGUACCUCCAGUUUAGAUCUUGUCUCUUUGUCUUUGGUUCCUGUAAAGUUGGUUUACCAUGAAUGAUGCUCAGGACUGCAGCCAAAGAGAACUGAGGCCUGGAUAUGAGACAUCUGAAAGUCACAUUGUGAAUUACCCCUUUUCCAAAUGAAAUGAAGUUUCCUGUCACACAGAAAAAAACCCUGGGAAUCCCCGUUAGCACAUAAAGGAGCCAGUCAUCUGGCAGUAGCAGCAGGAUAACCACAGCGGUCGAUGACGAGUGGUCGUCUUUUCCUCAGACUUUUUCAGUGUAAAUGUAACAUAGAGCGUAGUUUGGAAAUACCUGCAACUCAAAGCUGUGGAGGCUUGUCCAUGACCAAAGACAAUCAAGGUGAAGUUGAGAAUGCCUUAAAAUAUUUGAAACCUGGUUUUAAAGUAAGCAAUGUAAAAAAAAAACAACAAAAAAACAACAACAACAACAAAAAACAACCAAGUCGCCAGGUGGUUGAAUCCAUUUCUGCACUUGAAGAUGUGUUGGAAGUGGACUGUGGAAAGCAGCAAGAAUGGACAGAAAUGAUGGAAAUCAUGUGGGUGGUGAAGAACGUACUGUGCAUGUUUUCAUGGCGGACCAGAAAAUUCUAAACUUAUUUCAUUCGUCUUAAUUAUCAUUGACUUAAUGAUAAGUUUUUGAGUCUGAUGUUCUGGACUCCUUUUAAUCAUCCAGUGCACUGUCUACAUUUACUCCAUGCAUCGUAGUGCCUCAUAACACACCUGUCCCACUUCCUCGCUGCUCUUCAUGGACUUGAAAGGAGCUUUUAAUUGACAAAAUGAUCCACCGUACUCAAAUUAAAACCAGAGUUGGCACCAAUAUUCAUUCCCAAGUUAAAAAAAAAACAAAACAGAUUUCCAUACAAGUGAAAGCAUUCCAAAAUACUGUAUGACUCUUAUUUUAAUGUCCCUACAAACGUCCUGCAGAUUUCUUUCAAGGUUCUUCUGAUUAUGUUUUCUGUAACUGUUCAACACUAUGAUUUACUUCAAAUAUGAUUUUCUAGAACAUUUCAACUAGAUGUUGAAGUAUUUUGUAUGCAAAGCUGUGAAAAGGCAUAACAGUAACAUUUUGCAAAUUUGCGAGUCCAAGGAUAGUGAAGUAAAAGCCUCUGAUUGGCUUACCUUGACAUCCGCUCUAAUCCUAACCAAUCCCACUCCAUUUGCCAAAACCUAACCAAUCCAACCAACAAAGGCAAUGCGCAUUAGCCAAUUAUAGGGAGAAUAGGGUCUGUCAUUCCUUUAUUGUCUUAGGAUAGUCAAAUUUGCUUACAGUUCAGCACUCAGUGAGGGAACACCAAGUCACCGGGCACAGCUAAUCCUGUAAACUGGCACAUUUUCAAGCCUUCUUCAUCAAAUAGCUUGUAUCAGGUUGAGCAGAAACCUUCAUACAAAAUGAUAAAAGUAGCUAAAAAAUAAACAAUGAAUACAUACAAAUAAAAAAAGGGCUAUCUCAAAUUAAUUUUAACAUAUCUACUAAAAUUUACACAAAACUGUUACAUUGUUUCUUAAACAAAGGUCGAGUGUGUAGGAUUUAGUGGCAACGUGGUGAGGUUGCAGAGCGUGUGCUAAGCAUGUAGGAGAACUACAGUGGUUGAUGAGAAAAUGCAAGGGGUCCUUUAUACACAGAGGUCAAAAUAUAGGGGCGCUAAAAUACCCUUUUCAUGCUGCCUUUGCAUUUUUACACAGAACCAAACAACAUUGAUUUUAGACAGCAUACUGGCACAGUGGAAUCAAAAGAGAAGUGAGGGGCAUGACAUAUAACAACAGCGUUGGCCUGUAGUGUAAUAUAUAAUACGUGCAGCACUUUAUGAACAAUAAUAAUCAUUUGCCAUCUUUGUUACAUGGCGGCUGAUCUCAUCCUCUGCUCACAAGGUUUAGGAGUUCCCGCACCUCAUUGUUUUUGCAAUUUGGAGACACUUUUGGUUGCUAUUCUUCUGAUCUGAUAACUAACUACUUGCAGCUACUGCCUUGUUUAUACAGACUUUGUUUUUUUGGCGCUGUUGCCAGCUUAAAGGUGAGACAACUCUCCCACCAUUUCACGACUGUACCUUUUAUACAAACAGCGAGGUCGGACAAUGCCGUGAAAUUCCGGUCUUGAAGACGCUUUUAAAAAGGGCAAGUGUUUGUGUGCUAUUGUAGAACAACAUGGCGGACUGUGUGGAGGAGGAUUUGCUCUGUAUGUAGAGAUAAACAGCUUAUUGUAAGGUAAAGACAACAACAAAACAAAACAAUUUCUUAGUUUCAGGUGAUUAUACACAAAUAAAUACAUAGUUAAGCAAAUUUGUAUUCCAUUUCUGCCAAAACAUACCCCUAAAUCCUGCACACUUGGCCUGUAAGGAAUAUCAAACUGGUUCAUGUCAUGCGUUUAUCCUAAAAAAAUAUAAAUAUUGGCUGUUAUCAGAUUGCCAGCUCUCAAAUAUUGAUUUCAUUGUGAGCCUCAAAAAUCCAAUGUCAACUGGGUUUUAUAUCACCAGUGUGAAUGUUUAAGUGAAAUCUCUUUCUACUCCUACUUCAUGAGGGAAACAAACUGCUGUUUUGUGGUCGUAGUUUAGUUUGGACUCAUUGAUUUUACGCAUGUGCUAAUAAUGACCCUUUGAAUGAGUUUUGACUGUCUUAAAUUGCGGGUACAAUAGAUCUGCAGGUAUCUGUUACCGAUGAAUGUCAAUAUGCAGUGUUGACGGUUCAGCCCACACUUACUGCAUAUUAGUUGACAUUUUGCGAAUACCAUAAUCUUAUGAAUAGACCUGUUACACUCUUACACUCUCAUCUGACGGACAGUGUGGCCAAAAUGAGCUGACAUAUUGAAACACCAAAUUUCAAUCAGUUUUGUCUCAGCUUUUGAAUAAUCAUGUCUGUAUGUUUGUGUGAUUUUUUUUUUUUUAACCUUUUCUUUCACAGAAAUCAUUAACAUUCUUGUCAUGAAUUGUUUUCAUAUAUUAAGUCGGCAGUGCAUUGGCAACUUACACACAAGCAUUCACAAUUUAUUUAUUAAAUGUGUUUAAAACGUAUUUCUUUGUGACACUGGUUUAAAUAUGGUAGCUGAUUUGGCUGUUUAUAUUUCUGCCCUUUGUCAAAUAUAUGUGGCUUGAUUUCUGCGUGUUCUAGACUAUGCAUGUUUAUAAUUAUGUUUGCUAUUUAGUGGAAUGCUAUUGUAGUAACUGUACAGGUGACAGCACUGUUAAUAUGAAAGCUGGAUUUUCAGCUUUAACAGAAAUUAUUUGCUCUGUACAAUUAAAAAGCCCCAUUUGAAAUGAUGUGACAAUGACAUUGCGGAGAAUCUGCCAUAAUAUGUAUAGUAAAAUCUGAAAUCACUAUUUGAUAUAUAGCUAUUUGAUUUUGGUCUCAUUUAUUUUACUGUUAUUUCUGCUAUAUAAUGACUUAAGGGUGUAGAGUGGAAUGUAAGCAUAUAUGUUUGAACCACCUAAUUUAUUAUCUUUUGUUUGUAAUACUUUAUUUUGAAGAGGUGCAAGAAAUAAUAAAAACUUAUAGUUAACCAUGA